GGAAAGGAAUGAACUGGAGCACAUUUACCCGUGUUGUGCACAUGUGUGCCUCUUUAUGACAGAUACUAAUGGUGGUACUAAUGUAUGCUGUGCCCUUAGGAACACUUUAAUUACUAUUCAGUGGACAGUGUCCUUGGACAUCUGGUGUUCUCCCUAAAAUACGAGGUGAUCGGUGACCAGGAACAUCUGCGUCUAAUGCUCAGGACCAAGCUGAAAACCUACCAUGAUGUGAUCCCCAUUUCCUGUCUGACAGAGUUUCCAAAUGUGGUCCAAAUGGCCAAGCUUGUCUGCGAAGAGGUCAACGUGGACCGCUUUUAUCCUGUCCUUUAUCCCAAAGCUUCAAGACUUAUUGUCACUUUCGAUGAACAUGUGAUAAGCAAUAAUUUUAAGUUUGGAGUCAUCUAUCAAAAGUUUGGACAG